UCGUCAUAUAAUAGAGAGCGUUCAGUCGACACAGACACAGCAUACACAUAUGCGUGAAAAACUAGCUGGCAACAACGAUAGUAUGUCAAGUAAAACUAUCAAAACGCUGAGAAGAGAUAUUAUAAAUUGAGUGCAAGUAUUUAACGCAAAACCAUGGCUGCGUCGCUUAUCUGUGUGGAUAUAAGCUCGGAAUCGGAGGAAGAGUCACCCCCUGGUGCCAAGCGACGACGCCUGGAGAAGCCCCGGAAUGGGACAGCAAAACAGAACCUGCCGCAAAAGCUUGCGAACCUACCGAAAGCGUCCGUGUCAGGAGGCGGAGGAGUGGGCGGCAAACUGGGAUCACUGGGCGGAGCAACAUCAGUAGAAACAGCAUCCACUCCGCCCGAAUUGCACCCUCUCAAACCUAUGCACAUACCCAGUGGCAUAACAAUCACAAAGCACGGCAAAAACGCCACCGCCAGCAGCAAUGGGAUGGUGAUCACUUCGAUUGCCUCCAUGCAUGAAUUUAACAACAACAGCAAUAUCUUUAACAACAAUAAUAAGAAUAAGCCACAGAAAACGCCAAUGGCUCAGAAAGCUGGCUGGCCGCCGAACAGCAAGCCCCUCGGACAGAGCAUUAUGAUAACCAGUGUGCCGCCCAAUCACCAGGUGAAGCCGGCAACGACCACUCUGCCGGUGAAGAUUGCGCCUGGUCAGCAGGUGAAGCUGACGCCCGCCCAACAAGUUAAGCUGUCGCCCAUUCAGCAGGUGAAGCCAACACCUACGUCUACGCCUUCGCCUAACCUCCAGGCGAAGCCAGCGCUCGGUUACCAGCCGAAGCCGACGCCCAAUUUCCAGGUGCAGCAGACUUCCAUUUAUCGCAUGAAGGGGACACCUCUUCCCGGCUACCAGAUGAUGGCGUUGCCGAUAAACCAGGCUAGGAUGACGCCCACAAACCAGUUGAAACCGAUGCCCAGUAAUCAGAUAACAGUUUCAGCAGUGGCCCCCAAGCCAAUAGUUCCCAAGGCCGUUGCCCCCAAUCCAGUAGCGCCCAAGCCGGUGGCCGGCCUUAAGACAGUAGUCCCCAAGCCAGUGGUCCCCCAACAGCACUUGGUAACGUCCCAAAAGCAGCAGCCACUGGCGGCUGGGCCUCCAAAAAAUCAGCUCAAUGCCACGACCGGCCUCCAAGAGAAAACCACGGUCAGGCUGAGCAUUCCGCAGCAAAAGAUGACGUUGGGACAAAUGCAUCAACAUCUGCAGCAACAAAAGAAGCAGCUCAUGGCUCAGCAACUUCAGGAGGCUGUCCUGAGCGGUCCGCAGUAUCAGACACAGCGGGUGUCCAUGGUUCAGCAGCAGCAGAAACCACAGCCGGCGUCUCCGCCGGCUCAGAAACCGCAGGUGACACAGAAACCACUGCCCACACUGCAGAAGGCGCCGGCGAAAGCAGGAACGCUUCAGAUGCAGCAAAAGCAACAGCCGCAGCAGAUGCAGCGGGCGCCACCACCUGCUCAUCUCGUCCAGAAGCAGACACCGCCGCCACUGCAGAUGAUUUCAUCGCCUCCCCCGCCAGCCCACAGUCCUGCGGCCAAGAUCAAUCCACCAGCAGGCCGAGCUUCAUCCGCUCUACAAAUUACACCCGUUCCCCGUGUUCAUCCGGGCCUCACAAUGAAGCAAGUACCCAACCCGGCCUCCAGUGCCGCUCGCACGUUGCCAUAUAAGAGCUCCGGUAGCAAGUCAGGCACGCCUCCGAUGACUUCCCAACUGCAGUCGUUUACGGCCAGUUCUGCGCCACCGCAACGGCUGCUGGCCACACCACCGCACUGUCCAGCGUCGCUCAACGAGCCGCUGCUGGUGAAUCUUCCGCCCACCACAAGCAUUACGCCCCAGCUAACACCCACAACCACACCGCCGCCGGCAGCGACAGCAAUGCAGCACCAGCAGCUCCCCAAGGGGUCUGCCUUUAAGCUGAACUCCCUGCCAGGCGCGAGCAUCUCGCCAGUGCCCGCUAAGCCGGCUAACAACAUCAAGCGAAUCCAGCCGAUCACUGUGCUCAAGAAAUCCGACGAGGACUGGCGCCGGCAUCUGGCCCAGCAACAACUGCAGAACCAACAGCAACUCCAGAUGCAGCAAAGGCAACGCGACCAGCGGCCGGCGACUCCAACCAUUGUUCUGGUGGAGUCACCGCCCACCACGCCGCCCACAGAGAAACAGGAGAUGGAAACCAGAACGAAUCACACGGAGAAAGCGCUGAUACAGACAAUGACGGCGGUGCAGAAAAAACCGAUUUGGAUUAAGCCAGCGGUCUCCAGACUCAAUUCUCCAACAGUCACACCAACACCACCAAAUCAGGUGAAAAAGGCUACUCCACCCGCGGAAAUAGUCGUCGACCUGGACGAUCUGCCUGAGACGGCAUCCACUAAGCAGCCAUCCGAGAAGCAGCCAUCGGAGAAGAAGCCAACACCACCGCGAGAGAAACCUGCCUCAAAACCUGCAGAACGUGAUCCAUUUGUUCCGGAAUACGCGGCACUUCUUAAACUCUGCGCAGAAACGGAUACAUCAAAGGAAAUGACGAAACUCAUUGAAACAAAGCUAACAAAAUAUUAUUACAGUGUACACGAGAGUUUUGUAAGGUCGCGCGGGUUUCGGAAACUACUAGAAUCGGCCAUAGAAAGGAUCAAAGCCGAGUCGGAUCUGGUCUAUAUGCACCUCAGCGGUGUGGUGGAUGAGCUGAAGGCAAGACGCAAGGCGAAGGUGGUGACUACAUCAGAGCCAGAGCCAGAGGAGGCUCCAGUCAAGGAAGUCCCUCCAAUCAACCCGUCCACACGCGCUACGCUCGAGGCAGGAAAAGAGUCAAAGCAGGAACGCGAGCAGCAGCAUGAACAGAAGCCCAAUGAUGCUGGCCAAGAGUCUGUAGCCCCUGCCAUCGACAAACGCACCGAUGAACGCAUCAGGAGAAUGAACAUCGCACUGCAUAGGAUAAACAAGAGAAUCCAGGCGCUGGAGAACUCUGAAGUAGACUGGGAUGAUGAUGACAACUCCAGCUAUUUGACGGUGGAGCGCUACAAGAAGCGCGCCUGCGAAAUCUAUGAGAAAAUCUGUGAUCUAACCGGCGAGAGCAAGAGUGCCUUUCGCCAGCUGAAGCAACCGAUCCGAUUCGAGGAUAGUCCCUACCCCCAGUUCAAUCGUAUGCUAUCAUCCUUUGUAAAUCGAAUGCAGGAGUUCCCCGACUACCACGACGUCCUGCAGCUGCUCGAGCACUGCAACAAAAUGAAUGAAAUGGGCCUGGCCACCUUCGAGAUGAAGCUAAUAGCCAGCGAUGCCUUCCUUUCGGUGGGGCGACUGCUGCAGUCUAAACGCAAAAGGGAUCUGUACGAAACCGCUAACCACUUUACGGGCAGUGUCAAGGAUCCGGCUGCCACGGACCCGGAGCUGAUGGCCAAGCUAAAGGAGAACACCAAGAAGCAUACCAAAAUUAGUGAUGUACUGGCAAAAUAUUCCCGGGAGCAGGAUCUCAAUGCGGACAACAUGCGCGAGGCUCGUCUCAAAAAGCAAAAGGAAGCGGCAGCUGCUGCAGCUGUGAUAGAGGAAGACGAUGACAAGCCUUGUACCAGUGCUCAGGCAGCAGCCAAGGCCGCCUUGCUCAAUGGUUCUUUAGAAGGCCCCCCCGAUGCUGCUGCUGCUACUGCUGCCAGCGAUGAUAAGGAUGAGGCUGAUAACGAUGAUGAAGAGGAGGACUCCGAAUCGGAAGAGGAGGAGGAAGAGGAUCUUGAUGAUUUUGUGGAAAAAUUCAAGACAAAUGGCGACAUAAGCGAUGCCGAUUCGGAGAUUGAAGCGGAAACAUUGACUGAAACAGCAACUGAGACAACACCAAAGACAGAUGCGCCGGUGGGUUCGAAGGAUGUGAUAGAUAUAACGAGAGAUGAGACUGCCGACAGCGAUGUGAAGGCAAACCCCAAGUCCAAUUCAAAGCCCAAUGAUGUCCCGCCCAAUGGCAUACUGAAAAUUAUAUCCGUUUCUAGUUUGAAUGCCAGCGUCAUCAACGAGAAGGCAAAGGCACAGAAAAGCAAACAAAGUUCGAAUGCGUUACCGAAACGCGUUAUUGCCGCUGAGAUUAUCAUUUCCGACGAAGAGUCAUAGUCUCGUUGCGGACGCGCAUCUGCAGGACAGCCACAGCCGCCUGCCACCUAAAUUUUGUUUAUUAUAAGUAAUUUAUUCGUUUUAACAACCCCAAUAUUAGUUGAUUAUUUUCUAAUUCUUUUCCACUCUUACCCAGAAUGGCAUUGUAUUAUAAAUUAUAUUGUAUAUUCUGCCCAGCCCCCCUGGUACACCCUCACUUUCCCGAGGUGUAUGGUGUUUUUGUAACCCGCAGCAACACAAAAUACCCAACAAAUUGUACAUAUUUACGAGAGCAUACUAUUAAGUUAAGAUUGUUUUACAAAAACACUAAGAAACAAUAAUUGAGAAUA